AUGAAACUCAAUGAGCUCUACCCAUUGGUGGAAGCCGUGGAACUGGAUCAGGAGAUCAGUGUAACUGUACCACUGGGGACACCGGCCUCAAUUCACUGCACAGAUGGAACAGGGUGUUUCGACUACAUCCACUGGUACCAGAAAAAGGAGGGAGAGAGCUUCAAAAGAAUCCUGUACAAUAAAUGGAAAGAUGGUGAAGCUCCCACACGACUCCUUCAUUUCCCCGCUGGCAGCAACAGUGCUCAGAAAGAGGAAGGCAUGGCAGGCACAAAAAUCACUGCGGACAAAAAGGGACAAAAGUCAACUCUAACCAUCUCCGCUUCAAGCGCCGCUGACAGAGCCAACUACUGCUGUGCGGUGUGGAGGAGUGAUGACACAGACACAGUGCUGAGUUUCAAAGGAAGCUCAGACAAAAUCUGCCACUUGGUGGGAGCCGUGGAACUGGAUCAGGAGAUCAGUGUAACUGUACCACUGGGGACACCGGCCUCAAUUCACUGCACAUAUGGAACAGGGUGCUGGAGCUACAUCCACUGGUACCAGAAAAAGGAGGGAGAGAGCUUCAAAAUAAUCCUGUACAUAGAAAUAAGUGAUGGAACCAGGACAAAUGAUCCUGAUUAUAAGGAUCAUAAGAAUUUCGAAACAGAAAAAAAAGGAAAUGAAUAUAAUUUAAAAAUCCCUAAUGUAAAGUCCUUCCAUGCAGCAGUGUACUACUGUGCCUGCUGGCCCUCCCACAGUGAAAAUAACGUGUUUGGAUCAGGCACCCGGCUCUAUGUUACAGUGGGAAACGUGGUGAAGAAUGACCGCGAGGUGCUGGAGACCAGCUUCUCAGACAAGACAAACACCAGCAUCAUGAUUAUUGACAAGCAGAAGGCCGGUGGCAACCGAUACGCCUGCUCCUACACACACGAAGCCCUCAGGGAAGGAAAAGAGAGCAAGCCUCUGGAGAUAGAGGGAAAGAAAGGAGGACAAACUGAGCCGGUGACAAAACCUCAAGCAAAAACCUCCAAUGUCACAGUCUGCUCAACACCCAACGACACAGCUAUCUCCACGUUACACCAACUAGAUGAGUACUUUGGAGCCGCACGCAGUCUGUAUCUGGCAACAUGGGUGUACACCCUUAUGAUUUUUAAAAGCACGGUGUACUUCUGCGCCAUCUCCUACUUCAUAUGCACAAAGAACAUGAGAAGCAAGCGCUCCCUCAACCGUAGAGCUCCCUGAUACAGCGUGCUGGAGCUGAGUGAUGUGCUUAUUCUACAUGCCAUUCUUUGUGACGCUUGUGCCAGGUCAAACUUGGGCGCCGAUCUUUAUCUGAUUCUCCCUUUUCAGCAAAUACUAUUUUCAAAAUGUCUCAAUACAUAUCAGUAUCUAUGCACAUUAUUUCCUCUUUAUUUUCCACCUAUGUUGUUUUUUUUUUGUUAUGCUUGAUUACUUUGUUAUGUUUUAAGAUGCACAUAGCAUGAUUUUGUCCUGCUGUAUUUUAUUACUGUCUUAUCUAUAACUUAACAUAUACUGUGUAUUUUCCAUGGCAACUUCUAUUUCAAUUUCCCAAUGAUAGUUUUUUAGAAACAAAUUAUUCUUGUGCUAUGUACUUUUAUUACCAUAGCAAAUAAUGAUUAGGCAAUAUAAGAUUACAUUAAACUGGUUUACAAAUUAUACAAAUUAUUUAAUCACCUGGGUAUAACUAGUAUGUAAUUGUAAUGUUAAUUAUAAAAUGCUGAGUUAUUCAUUCAGACGAUCAUAGGUAAUGUGUUUCAAUAAACAGCACAUUUUCAAUACUUGACAUUGCUAAUUUCCUUUAAUAUAAUUAUGAAAGAAACAUUGGUUAUUAAGAACUUGAUAUCAGGACAUUUGUUAAAAAUACUGCAGGUAUUUAAUUAUAUAAAAAAAAAAUGUAGACUGCAGUAUUACAACUUUGACUGUUGAAAUGGAUU